AAUUCAGUGUCAAUAAUUUAUGCGAAGAAAUCGUUAAAAAAAAAAAGAAUAAGGAAAGAGUAAAACACAUAAUACAGAAAAUCUUGAGAAAUAGAAAAAAUAUGUAAAAAGAAAGUUUCAAUAAUUUUCUAAUCGAGAAGAGUAGAAGAAGAAGGAAAAAAUAUUAAGUUAAUAAAUGAUACGGUGUUAAUGACUUAUGUGAAGAAAUCUUUAAGAGAAGAGGAAAACACGAGAAAAUAUUGAGAAUUAGGAACAAAUUUAUGAAGAAAUAAUUUCCAUAAUUUUUCAAUUAAAAAAGAAAAGAAAAGAAAAUGAGAAAUCGUGAUAAAUAAUUUAUAAUUAUUGUACAUAUUUUAUAUCGAAUUUGAUUUGAUGUUAAUCAUUUUCGCAAAAAAAAAAAUCAAUUAAAAAAGAAAUGAAAAAAAAACACACAGACACAUACAUAGAAAGCGAAGAACAUGUGAGAUAAAAGGAACGUACUGAAAGAAAGACAGAGAUAGAAAGAGAGAAGGAGAGAGAAAGAGAGAGAGAGACAAGUGUCAGAGAGAAUGAGAGUAGGAGGGAAACAAAGGUGGGAGAAAGGCGAAGAGUGAGUAGCAGGAGUAGGGGAAAAGAGAAGGAGAAAGAGAGAUAGAGAGAGAAAGAGAGAGAGAGAGAGAGACAGACAGAAUGUUCCAGGGGACGUUAGCGUAUGCUGUGAUUCUGUUCGUCUGGUUCAGUCACACCGCAUCACUCAGGUGAAUGUAAUCGUUCUCCACCUUGUACAUUUAGCAUAACUGUUAAUCUUCCUUCAAAUCUUCACUCUCACUUUUUAAAUUUAUUACUUAAUAAGAAUAGUAUAAAAGUAAUAAUCUCAAUAAAAAUUUGUCACAUAGCACAUUUUGUAAAUUUGUUACAAUAAUUGUACAAAAGUGGGACAAUUUUUGUUCACGUUUCUGUGACAAUUGUGAUAUUGCCGGUUUCACAUUGACAAGUUAUGUUUUUUGGUAGGUGCUAGAAAGAAAGUGACCUGAAAAAAAACAUAUAAAAAAUCCGAGCAACAAGAACCUUCGGCUCCGAACCUUUAAAGGAGAAAAUACAAGAAUAAUCAUGAAUGGAUUAUCAAAACAAUGUAUCAACGAUGAAAACUCGAUGAAAGCGAAGAAACCUCAUCCACUGAGGUCCAUUUCUUGGAAUAAGAAUAUCGAGGAAGGAGAUUUGGAUAUUCCUGGAACACCAAGAACACCUCGUACUUCCACUACUCCAGGUCAUGAGAACUGUACUUUUCAUCAUGAUCUCGAAUUGGAUCAUAGACCACCUACACGAGAAGCGUUGUUACCAGAAAUGUCAAGAAGUUAUAAAUUACUUUUAAGUUCACUAGGAGAGGAUCCAGAUCGACAAGGACUUUUAAAAACACCAGAAAGAGCAGCCAAAGCCAUGCUAUUUUUCACUAAGGGAUAUGAUCAAUGCCUUGACGAUGUCAUCAACGAUGCUGUAUUCGAUGAGGAUCACGAUGAAAUGGUUGUAGUUAAGGACAUAGAAAUGUUUUCUAUGUGUGAACACCAUUUGGUUCCUUUUUAUGGAAAAGUAUCUAUCGGUUAUCUACCUUGCAAGAAAAUUCUUGGUCUUAGCAAAUUAGCCAGAAUUGUAGAAAUCUUUAGCAGACGUCUUCAAGUUCAGGAACGCUUAACAAAACAAAUCGCAAUAGCUGUUACGAAAGCUGUGGAACCUGCGGGAGUGGCCGUAGUGAUAGAAGGAGUACAUAUGUGUAUGGUAAUGAGAGGCGUUCAGAAAAUCAAUAGCAAGACCGUUACUUCAACGAUGCUCGGUGUUUUCCGGGACGAUCCAAAGACUCGUGAGGAAUUCCUCAAUCUUGUCCAUAAUAAAUAAAUAAAAAGAAAUCUGACGGGAAGGUCUUAAUCGACGUUUUUUCAUCACAAUCAUGAUUGGUCUUCAUAUUAAUAUGGAAAUGUUUUACAAAUCCCUUUUAAUAUCUUCUUUUUUUCUUUAAUUUCGUCUUCUUCUUCUUCACUAAUUAAACUCUUCUUCUUCUUCUUAAAUUUCUUCUUUGACAUUAAGAUCGAAACGUUUGUGAAUAGAUCUUCCUUAAUAUUGAAUUAUUUUCAAGAUUCAAUUACACAUGUACUUAAAUAUACAAACAAAAAAAGGAGGAAGAUAUUCACGCGUUUAAAUAAUAAUGUCGGUUUCUUCUGCUCUUCAAAUGAAAUACAUUCAAAGAGUAAACCCAAGGUGUUCGUGAAAGAAAAAAAAAGAGAAAAAAAA